UGGGCACACUGUUUUUGCUCCAUUCGGUCUUAAUUCACUCUGUAAUUUGGAAGAGUGAGCUGUCCGUCUGGCAGUCCUGUUACUGAAAGAGGAAGAGCUCUGCAGUUCAAGCCCUGGAGAGCCUCUAGCUCAGGGAUCUCAGACUCCAGCCCUGGAGGGGGCACUGUGUCGGCAGGUUUAUCUUCAGUCUUGGAGAGCUGGAAUACCUGCUGGUUUUAAUAGUGUCCUCCAUAACCAGUAACCAAGAUAAAACCCUGAAGUGCCAAAAUCUGCAGACAACCUGGCCCUUCCAAGAUUGAGGUCCCUGUUCCUACUUCAGUUAAUGUUCAGAUCUUUUAUAAUAAGAAGUCUAAAUUUUCUUGUACUUAUAAAGACUGAAAAUAAAUGUUUGCUCUGGACAGCAAAAGCUUGGUGUGAGAAUGAAGGGGUAAAAUUAAUCUAAUAGAAUGGAUUGAGCUGUGUUCGGUGGAACGAAUGCAGUUGUUCAUAUUCAACAAUCUAACCUGAAAACUUUGACCUCAGAUAAGUUUAGUGCAUGCGAUCCACUGAACUGUAUAGAACGUAUGUAGUUCAUUGGUGUUGUUUGAUAAGAUAAUAGAGUUCUUGACCUCGAUAAGAUUUCAUUGUUUGGUGACGUCAUGGCUACGGCAACUGCACAAGGUAAAAAAACUGGCUAAGCUACUCGCGUUUUCUAUUUACCUUUCGCGAAUAUGUAGCCACUUAUGUACGAUAGUACUUGUUCAAAACAGACGACAGAAGAACGGCUGUGAAUGAAAUAUUGUCUGGUCAUUUAUUUCCGAAAAAAAAAACUAUAUCAGUUUAAUACUAUCCAUUACUUAUCGAAAUUUUGUUGUUUCGAGAGAUUCAUUCGGCAUAACACAUGACUACUCAACGUCACCAGAGCUAACGCUUCACCAAAAAAAAAAAAAAAAAUGCUAGCGCUAAGUUUCCAUGCUGUCUGGCCAGCUUGACAUGCAAGCCGCUAAUGUUAGUGGGCGGUAAUGUUAGCUAGUAUGCCAGUGCUAGCUGCAUUUUCCGCUCUGCUUGAAUAGGAGCGUCGCUCAUGUAAUAAGUUAAACGUGGCGAGCGUCUCGUUAUAGAUAUAUAUGCAUAUAGUAAACAUUCGCGGUUCACUAUUCAAGUCACAUCUGAACCCCGAGGCCCAGAAUGGAGCCAGGGAACUUGCGUGAAAGUCCAGCCGGUUCCGGAGACCCAAAACCCGCCGAAUGCCGGGAGGAGACGCCCGACGGAACGGCGGAGGAAACAUGUGGUAAAGAUCGAGGAGGCGGCGGGGAGAACAUGGACACUUCUGAGAAGAUGGACUGGGAAGGUACGGAACACAGAAGUAUGGAGAAAGUCAACUUGGACAAGAAGGAAGUCCGCAAAUCUGAAGAAUUAGAUCCAAGAAUCCAGGAGGAGCUGGAGCACCUGAACCAGGCGAGUGAGGAGAUCAACGCCCUGGAGCUGCAGCUGGACGAAGCGAGAUCGAGCUACAGGAGGAUCCUGACUGACUCGGCCAGGAAGCUGAACGCUCAGGCCUCCCAGCUGGGCACGUGCAUCGAGAAGGCCAGGCCUUACUACGAAGCCCGGAGACUGGCCAAGGAGGCCCAGCAGGAGACGCAGAAGGCCGCUCUGCGGUACGAGCGGGCCGUUUCCAUGCACGCCGCCGCGCGGGAGAUGGUGUACGUGGCUGAGCAGGGCCUCAUGGCCGACAGGAACACCAUGGACCCCACCUGGCAGGAAAUGCUCAACCACGCCACCUGCAAGGUGAACGAGGCGGAGGAGGAGCGUUUGCGGAGCGCGCAGGAGCACCAGCGCGUGACCCAGCAGUGCCAGCAGGCCGAGGCUCGCGUGCACGGCCUGCACAACUCCCUGCGCCGCACCAUCCUCAAGUCCAAGCCCUACUUCGAGCUGAAGGCCCAGCUCAACCAGGUCCUGGAGGAGCACAAGUCCCGGGUGUUGCUGCUGGAGGAGCGUGUGUCCAAGGUGAAGACGCACUACUCGAUCGCGCUGCGUAACCUGGAGCAAAUCAGCGAGCAGAUCCACGCCCAGAGGGGGCGGGGCCUGGAGGCAGAGGCGGGGCAGUGGGCCCAGGCCAGGGCCAGUGGGGUGCGGAGCUCCCCGGUGGGGGCGGAGUCAGACUCUGGGGCGGAGGAGAAGGGGACGGCCGGACGGUGGCCGUCGGGGGGGCGCUGGGGGGAGGGGGCGGGGCCGGAGGCGGGGUCAGACUCUGCUUCGCUCGUCAGUUUGCAGACCAUCGCCUCGGACCUGGAGAAGUGCGACUCCGUGGAGCACCUGGCCGACCUCAGCGACACGGUCAGCCUGUCAGGGGAGGAGGAGGGGGCGGGGCCUGGCAGGGCGGGGCCGAGCAGGGCGGGUCCUGGCAGGGCGGGGCCGGGCGGAGCCAGGCAGGAGAGGGGUGGCAUAACGGCUGAGGAGGCCCAGCAGAACUUCCUUAAGCAGCACCAGAGGAGCGUUAGCCUGUGAUGUCGGCAGGAAGAGGAAGUGACACGGAGCUGACAGAGGAACACUAACAGACCACUAGGAGAGAGGCUCUGACAUUCGGACUGACACAACUUCCUGUCUGCCACUUUCUGUACGCCACUCCCUGAGCAGCACUUUGCUGGCGGGGGCGGGGGGGAGGAAAUGGAGAGCUGCUUGCGUGAACACUACUCCAUUGUAGAAACUGACAUGGUGGUUCUCGUAAGGGGGAGGGGAGGCUUCUGGGAAGUGUAGUUUUUUCCCUUCCCAUUGUAGUUCAGACGCUGCUGUGACAGAGCCAUGCACAGGAAGAAAGAUGGGGGCCAUCUUGCCCAGUCACACUGAACAUGAGACAUUAUAGACCAUGGUACCUCUGUACGCCACCUUAAAAUUUCCUUUCUGUAUAUAUGUGACUCAGUCAGGACUAAGGCCUGUGUGUGUGCGUUUGUGCGCACGCACGCAGUGAGUGUGUCUGUAUUUAAAUGCAUGGUAAACCUUUUUGUCUUCAACAGCCGAUUGCGUAACGUAUCUGGGUUGAAAACGUGGAAUUAAUAUUUCAUGCUCCAGAAAUACUCAGAUGAGAUUUUUUUCAUCAGAUCUGUCAACGCAGCUAAUGGAGCGAUGGCAGUCUGGGGCUUUAUAAACGUCCUUUCAGAUUUUACAGGAGAUUAGCUGAGUGGGCACUAAAACACUUCUGAGUUUCUGUUUUGUAGAAGCUCUGAAGGGGGCGCUGUGUCUGCAGGUUUAACUCCAGUCCUGUAGGGGGCGCAGUGUCUGCAGGUUUAACUCCAGUCCUGGAGGGCCGCUGUGUCUGCAGGUCUAACUCCAGUCCUGGAGGGGGUGCAGUGUCUGCAGGUUUAACUCCAGUCCUGGAGGGGGCGCAGUGUCUGCAGGUUUAACUCCAAUCCUGGAGGGGGCGCAGUGUCUGCAGGUUUAACUCCAGUCCUGUAGGGGGCGCAGUGUCUGCAGGUUUAACUCCAGUCCUGGAGGGCCGCAGUGUCUGCAGGUCUAACUCCAGUCCUGGAGGGGGCGCAGUGUCUGCAGGUUUAACUCCAGUCCUGGAGGGCUGCAGUGCGUGCAGUUUUAACUCCAGUCCUGGUGGGGGCGCUGUGGAUUCAUUGACACCCUGUUUUUCGGAAAUGGGGUGUCUGUGUGUAGGUACGAUUUUUCAUGCUUUGAAGUGCCUUUUUAAGUGUAAAAAAAGAAUAUUAUCAAAAUAACUUUACAGUGUGGCAAAUAAUUGUGAAGAAAUCAUUUUUUAAGGUAGUUUUAAAAGAUAAAUUAUUGAUUCUGCGAGUGCUUUGAUCUUUCCAACGCGGCUCACGACUGAAUGCUGAAUGAUAUUUAGGGCCAAUCAGCUUCUCCCAUCGCUGCACAGAAGUUUUACCGCUGGAUCUGUUUUUCACCUGACGUGACUCUUGCUUAGGCUGUGCGCUGCAUUUUUAAGAUCUUCCCUUACUGCAGUGAGCGACUUUAUAAAAUACAGUACGUGAAACGCUUUAACUGCUGAUUGUCUUAAGCUCCAGAGCAGAAUGAGGUGUGGAUGCAGGGCUUUGUUUUUGCCCAGUGCUGGAACGCCCCGUUCAGCUAGUGAUUCUGCUGUGGUUGACCUUGGUCUUUUGAGUCGGGUGUUUUAGCACCAAACAGAACAAAAAGCUUUUUCACGAAGACUGCAGAAUCACUGCUGUAGAUGGUGUGUGUGUGUGUGUGUGUGUGUGUGUGUGUGUGUGUGUGUGUGUGUGUGUGUGUGUGUGUCGGUUGGGGUGGCUUAAUAGAGUGGAUUCUUGAAAGGCAAAAUUCAUUUUUUUUAAAUUACGCCCCAC